UCAAUCCGAUUCCAAUUAAAGCACGACCUAGGUAACGAACUGCAGAGCUGUUCUCCGACCACAUCAGCCGUGACUUAAUUCGGGGUGUGGCGGAGAGGAGGGAUCGAAGGAAGCAGAUGCGCUGGGCGGUGAGAAUGGAAAGGCGACAAGAGGGGAAGAAGAAUGGUAGUCGUAGGCAGUCCAUAAAACGCCGCAUGUGUUGAAAUCUUUUGGAAAAAGUAGGGUUUUGCGCAGCCUUUCUCGAUUCCUCUCCCCUGGCUCCGUUCCGGCGUAUUUGGAGGAGAAGCCUUCGGUGCUUGGAGAGUUCGGGACGGCGCCGCCGCUGUUCCUUUCUCUCGGACUUUGAAGCUGCGGUAAGAUGCAUACUUAGGCACAGUGCUUUGAGUAUCCGCUGAUGUUCAAUUGGUUUAGAUGAUGUUAACAGCUAACAGAUCAUAAGGUUACAAAGCAAGACGAGAUUAAAAAAAGUCAGCUUUGACAAUUCAACUAUUUGUUCCUUUUAGGCGAGCUUAAAGAAUUUCAAGCAUGAAGGCAAUGGCCACAUCAAAUGAACUUCCAACUCCAGAGUAAAAAUAACAGGGGCAAUCAUGUUGAGGGCAAAGCAAUUGGGCUCUCUGCCUCACUAUGCUCGGCAAUUAUAUCUUAAUGGUACGAGAAGUGGUUGUGCAGAGAGUGCUAAAGGCACUUGCUCAGAUGAUGAGGCUUGUGUUCCCAAAAUAGAACAAGAUAGAGCCAUCAAAGCCACUGCAGUAGGUGUUGCUCCAACAAAAUCUGGUCCGCCCUACUCCCAAAAUGCAGUAGGCCCUAUUAGCCAGCAGAAGUCCAGCUAUAUAGUCUCAGCUAAACAUGUUAUCUCCUCUUCGUCCUCCCUGAGAUCUGACUCAAGUCCUCCAAAAGCAGGUCCAGACAGUUUGAAUGCUUCUGCAAAGAUUGACGUGGUCGACACAUCUAAGAUUACAACUGGACACUUUGUGAAGACAGGUAUUAGAACUGUUGGCAUUUUAUCUGACAAGACCAGAGAAACAAAAUCAAAUCUACAAAACAGUGUUCUUGAUAUUAAGGCAUCGCACGAGAUUAUAACCUCAAAUGGCAAGUUACAUGAUAUUAGUGUUGCUGGUAUUAACACAUCACACAAAGCUAUAGUUUCUAAUGGCAAACUACAUGAAUUCAAUGUUGCUAAGACUAAAUCGUCAUAUGAGACUAUGCCUUCUAACUACAAGUUAGCUGAUACAUCUGAUUGUUCCAAGAGGAUAGAUGCCCUCAACUUCUAUUCCAGUUGUUCCAUUAACACUGUAGACAAACCUGCAUCAUCUGCUAAUGCAAGUGUUAAGCAAAAUGGUAUUGGUCUGAUUGGAUCAUCUGUUGGUACUAAUGGUGUUUCGUCUGAUGCAAAAUGUCAAAGACAGUCUAGUCGGCAAAAGGUGAAAUUUCAUUCUAAUGACCUCUCCUCUGAAUUAAAGCCAGGAGGGACCUCCGAAAAGAAAAUGACAGGUUCAUCUAUGGAAACUGCUGGAUCCACCAAUAGGACCUCCGAAAAGAAAAUGACAGGUUCAUCUAUGGAAACUGCUGGAUCCACCAAUAGGUUCCAGAAUCCAGUCAGAUAUGCAAAGGCACAUGUUGGAAGUUAUCCAUCUGCUAAUCGUAAGGCAAAAUCAGGAUAUGUGAUCGAUCUAUAUCGCCAGACUUUGCAGCAGUUGAAAUGGGGAUCAACAGCUAAAGAGGCUUUGAACAAUCUGCAACACAAGAUCAAUCCAUACCAAGCCAAUCAAGUGCUGAAAUCACUCAAUGAUCACUUUAUGGCUCUUGAAUUUUUCAAAUGGUUAAGAUCACAACCUGGGUUUAGGCAUGAUGGACACACUUACACUACCAUGAUUGGCAUCCUUGGACAUGCUAGGCAAUUUGCUGCAAUGAGAAGAGUCAUAGAAGAGAUGGCUGCGGAUGGUUGUCAACCGACUAAGGUAACUUACAACCGUCUCAUACAUGUUUAUGGCCGUGCUAAUUAUUUGGAUGAAGUUGUCAAAGUGUUCCUGGAGAUGCAGAAAUUUGGUCACCGGCCAGAUCAAGUAACCUAUUGUACACUCAUUGACAUAUAUGCAAAAGCUGGCCACUUGGAAGUUGCGCUAGAUUUAUAUCAGAAGAUGCAAGAAGAAGGCAUCUCACUGGACACUUAUACAUGCACUACAAUGGUAAAUUGUUUUGCAAAAAGUGACCAUCUUUCUGAUGCAUUUAAUAUGUUUCAUGAGAUGAAUGGACGAGGUUGUGAACCUAGCCUUGUUACUUACAACAUUAUGAUCCAUCUUCACGCCAAACGCAAAAACUAUCCCAAGGUGGUGAAGCUUUAUAAAGAAAUGCAGGUUGCUGGUUUUCGUCCUGAUAUGAUUACAUAUAGCAUUGUGAUGGAGGCCCUAGGUCAUGAUGGUUAUCUUGAGGAAGCGGAAGCCGUUUUUAAGGAAAUGGCAAGGGAUUGGGUGCCUGAUGAACCUGUAUAUGGGCUUUUGGUGGAUUUGUGGGGUAAAGCUGGAAAUGUCGAAAAGGCUCGGGCAUGGUAUCAAGCAAUGCUUGAUGCUGGUCUGCAACCUAAUGUGCCUACGUGCAACUCAUUGAUAAGUGCAUUUCUCAAGGUACACAGUUUCACCGAUGCCUAUGAUUUUUUGGUAAACAUGCUAGGACUGGGAUUGGUUCCUUCUCUUCAGACAUACACCCUUCUCCUCAGCUGUUGUACUGCAACACACGAGAUGGGCCCUUGUUGCGAGCUCAUGGCCAUCACAGGCCAUCCAGCUCAUUCUUUUUUGCUGUCUUUACCAGAUCCAGAACCAAACGGAGAGAAUGUCAAGGCACAUGCGAGGGGUUUCUUCAACUUGGUGCAUAGUGAAGACAGGGAGAGCAAGAGGGGGCUUGUGGAUGCCAUUGUUGAUUUCCUUCGUAAAUCAGGCCUCAAGGAGGAGGCUGGACUGAUCUGGGAGGUAGCUGCAGAGAGAAAUGUGUACCCUGAUUUGGUCAGGGAAACUCAGAGGUCUAAUUGGAACAUCAAUCUCCAUGUCAUGUCCGAGGGCACUGCCAUUACUGCAUUGUCCAGGACACUGGCCUGGUUCCGCCGACAGAUGCUUGCUUCAGGCGUAUGCCCGCAACGUCUUGAGAUCAUCACCGGCUGGGGUCGUCGUAGCAGGGUAACUGGUUCAUCAUUGGUCAAGCAUUCUGUACAGGAGUUGCUGAAUGCUUUCAACUUUCCAUUCUUCACUGAAGAUCGCAACUCAGGUUGCUUUAUUGGGCAGGGGGAAUUCCUUAACAGGUGGCUGCUUAACUCUUAUGUCGAACGCAUGCACUUGUGGUAGCUAUUUAUUUUGCCUUCGGGAUUGUAACCCACAACAACAACAAUUUUGUUGAGCAAACUUAUCAUUGGUUAAGCUUGUUUAGAAGCUAUAAUAAAUCGAGUUGAUAAUAUUUAUUGCUA